CUCCAGUAGUAGUAGUAGCAGCAGUAGCGGCAGUUGUGGUGGUUGUGGUAGAAGAGAGCAGCACUGGAGGGGGGAGGCACGAGAGAGAGAGUGAGUUCUGAGAUUUCACAGUGUUAAGCAAGGCAAAGGAAGGGCAACAACUUUACCCUCCCCCUCUCCUUUCCUUUCCUUUCAUUCCCCUUGUGUCGCGCAAACUUUUUCUUUCGCCCGGCUGCUCCCCUACUCUUGUGGGAGGAUCCAGGGGUCCGGUCGGACAGCUCUACUUGGUGGGGUGGACUUCGAUGAGCUUCUGUUGAUUCUUAGAUUCUGUCUGAAGUGAAAGGAGCAUGCUGGCCGGGCUUUGAGGAGGGGAAGCCAGGUUGCAAAGAGAGAGCCGCAAUUAGGACAAUUGCGACUCAGGCAGUUGUAUUAGUCUAGAAUCGAGGUGCGAAACUGGCGCCAGUGUUUGGGUGGGUGGGGGGUGAAACUUCCUGGUGCUGCAACUGUUCAGAUUUUGUUGCGGUCUUUUCGAAAGAAGAGGGAGAAAUAAUUUCUGGAAAUACUGGAGAUAUAUCACCUGGGAGAGCUUGGGGGGGGGGGGGGGGGGGGGAAAAAAGGGUGAGUGAGCGCGUGUCAAAGCGUUGACAGUGUGGCACAUGAGCGGUGUGUCAUAUAAAGGGCCGCUUUGCGCUCACAUGCCAGUUUUUUCUUUUGGGUUUUCCGAAGGUUUGGUUGGUUUUUUUCUUCUUACUUCUGGCUGUCGAGCUCUGCAGGCUCAUUGCUAAUUGCGAGCCCUGGGGUUGUGAAGAGCCAGGAUACUCAGCUUGGGUUGCGAGGUUGUGUUCGUUUAAUGUUUGUUUGCUUUCUUGAGUUAAAGCAAGCUGAUAUUUCCCGCCUCUGAACUGCAUCCCAUGUGAGGUGGUGUGUUUCACAAGACGCAACCGCACGGAUGAGGUAGUAAUUCGAGAGCGUUGCGAUUGCGUUUCGGUGUCCUUGAGCUUCGGUCUUAGCAUGAGAAGACGAAGCAGAAGCUGUGCUGGAAAUAUGUACCAGGCUUCUGAGGGACAUAGUGUGCGAGCACUGGCUCUGAGUGAGUAGGGUGAACAAGCAGGUAGUUGUCUCAUUGGUUUACCAGUCGAAUACUGGCCCAGCUUGUGUUGCACCCGACCGCACUGAUUUAUUUUGAAGACUUCUGCUAUCGAAGUCUCUCUCUUCGGAGCUCUGACAUCUGUAGAUGUGUUACGAUCGACUGUGUCACCAAGCCAAAGCAGCUGGAUAGCGUCUACUGAAUUGCUGGCGACGUUCUAAGCCAGCCGGUGUAGUGCGGAGUCAUUGAAAGAGAGUUGAGCGUUGACGUGAUAUACACCAGCUAGCCAAGGGGAAAAGCAGCCCGCGACGUGGUCCGAAAGUAGGGUAUAUAUGGUCAGCUCGUACAAACGCAACAAGAAAAAUCCCGAAGAUUUGCGCGUUGAGCACACAGUGAAGGGGCGGGACGGAACUUGCAGAGAGAGGCGCGGGAGGGGAGAGCUGACAUGUGGUGGUGGGAGAAUUAGGAAGUCAGGGAGACGAAGGAGCGCAGAGGGUUUCGCAGUGAGAUGGAUUUGGGGUCCGGCCACGAGAGCAGUAACGAUCAGCCACAACCAGAACAACCGCAAAUGCAAACCUCCCCACUACCAUCGCUGCCCGCUCCCAUUCCUAUGAUGUUACCCUCACUAGGGGCAUCCAACUAUCACGCCACUCCAACUUCACUGCAUCAGCAGCAGCAACACCACCACCACCACCACCCGCACGCGCUGCAUCAUGACCUCCCAAGUGCCACCAAGCUGAAGCUUUUGAACCAGAACAAUACGCCCAGCGGCAAUGGAGGCUCGGUGCCGACUAAAUACAACGACGUCAAAAACUCCGAUCAGGUGGCCACGGAUCAGGCGCGCGAGAUUCUACGCCAGGCAGUGGUGACCGCGGUCACGGAGUCGAAUGCCGCCUCGACGAAGGCGGCGAAUGCAGCGAAGAAGGGCGCCGUGCGAUACCGCGAGUGCCAGAAAAACCACGCGGCUGGCAUGGGAGGCCACGCCAUGGAUGGGUGCGGGGAGUUCAUGCCUGGUGGCGGUGAGGGCUCCGUUGACGCGCUCCGAUGCGCAGCGUGCAACUGCCACCGCAACUUCCACCGGCGUGAAGUCGAGGGGGAGGUUUUGUGCGAUUGCAAGCGCAAGCCGAAAAUGGGAGCUCCACUGGGCACCGGGAUCGUCAAUACGGGCCAGCCCCCGACCUUGACAUCCACCACUCCAGUUACGACCCUAGCAUUGACAGCAAGUGUAGCUGGGCAGAUGACCCCUCUCGCGAUGGCGGCAUUGAGCGCUGGUGGCCCGACUGACAGUGAUGAGCAGGACGACGGCCCCGGGAAUGUCACCAGCGGUGGAGGGAUGAUGAUGAGUAUGAGGUCUCCUUCCGCGAUCAAAAAGCGUUUCCGGACGAAAUUCACCACGGAGCAGAAGGACAAGAUGUGUGCAUUCGCGGAGAAGCUCGGGUGGCGCAUUCAGAAGCAUGAUGAGGCCGCGGUGCAGGAGUUUUGCACUACCGUGGGUGUGAAGCGACAUGUGUUGAAGGUCUGGAUGCAUAACAACAAGCACACAGUGGGCAAGAAGCCAUAAAAACAUCUUGACGCAGACCAUGCACUAGGCGAUAUCUGACACGAUCCUCUAGAGGGAAGCUGGUCCAUGUUAUUGGUCUCUGAUCAAGUACCCCAGACGUCGUCGAGCUGGUUCCACGGCAUUGCUUGAUCCGAUAAUGCUCAUUCCAUCUUCCAUGCGGUUGAGUACUAAUUCUGUGCUCAGCAAUAUUCAGUUUCCAUCGAAUUGCCACCCACCCACCCACCCACCUAGAGCGCUGGCAGUCCCCACAAUUUCAGAGCCAACCUGCCAUGCAGUCCAUGGCACGAAGUUUGGGGCUGCCCGAGACUUCUAUAAUUCUUCGACUUCGAGGGGCCUUGUAAGUUAAUUCGAUUUGAUCACCACAAUAAGACAAUCCGUUUCUGCUGCGUUGUUGCUUUGUCUCAUUCCAAGCAUUCUGGAAUAUGAAGUAAUCGUAGUUUUUUCUAUUAGCGUUUUAGAUUAGAAUUCUAAAGAGUUCGACCCAGUCAGGAUAGGUUUCAGUCUGAUUGUCUAUCGGCCAGCUUCAGUACCAGAUUAUCCCCUAGUAGUUCCACACACGAUGCCGCGACCAUUUGGCUGGCUUAUGAUCUGCAAGACAAUGGAUGACUCCUGUCUGUAAAGUAUCUUGAGGUUAGGCGAGCGAGCUUCCUUCUCGACGGCUAGCUAUGAUCCCCCCCUUCCCCACUGACUCCAGAUUAGCAUGAGUAGCGUUAGUAUUAGUUUGGAAGUCAUUUAUCUCGUACACUCAUUAGAUUACUUAGUUACAUUGAAUCUCAUAAGAUGGGGGGGACUAAGAUUGGUUCAGCUCAUUGCGAAUGAACCAACUGCGUGCAUUGAAUUGGAGUCGAUUGCAGAGCCACGCUCUCGCACUUUCACCGACUACGCUGACAUUGGAGACAUUCGUGAAGACGUAGGACACUCUUGCCUCGAAGGAUUAUUACUGUUCUGAAAUUUAAGAUGUAAUGUGGUUCCCGAAUUCCCCUCUUCAUAAAGUUAUCCCUUCAGAAUUUA